AUGCAGAGCCCAGCCAUCGGGGAGCGUUCCCCCCUAACGCUCAAACACUCCUCGUUUGAAGGCGAGAUUGCCUCGAGCAGCGAGCCGUCCACCAUCAUGAACAUCCUCCGCGUCCCUCGUCUGAUCUGGGACUUUACCGAGAGCAACUUCGCCACUUUCGUCGUCCCCAACACGGCUUUCGGCAUCCUGGGCGGGCUUACGGGACUGCCGCUGACUUCAGGCCACGCAACAACGCUCUCGGUCCUCCAGCGUCUUCCUCUGGUCGUUGCCUUCAACUGGUACAGCGUUCUCAUAUUCGACCUGGCUAACCAGCGCGGUCCCGAAUCUGUGGCCGAGGACCAAGCGAAUAAGCCCUGGCGUCCGAUACCCGCCGGCCAUGCUGGUCGCUAUCCCUACCGUCUUGGCGCUGAACUACGUCCUGGACGUCUGGAAGGAGGGGUCUUCAUCCUCAUCCUCACAUGGCUGUACAACGACCUUCGAGGAGGCGACGAGCUGGUCCGGGACCUCAUCAUCGCCGUGGCGUACGGCCUCUUCAACACGGCCUCACUCAAGAUCGCAAUCGGCGGAGACGCCGAGGCAACCAUCACCAACGAGGGAUAUGCGUGGGCUUCCAUCAUUAGCGCCGUGAUCCUGACAACAAUGCAGGUUCAGGACCUGAAAGACCAGGCCGGCGACCGCGGCCGCGGCCGUGCCACCGUACCCCUUUUCUUUGGCGAUAAGGCCUCGCGUCUGUCGCUCGCGGUGCUCGUCCCAUUCUGGUCGUGCGUCUGUGUCCACGUGUGGCACAUCCGCUCAUGGGCAGUCUUGCUGCCCACGUUAUCCGGCGUCAUGGUUGUCGUUGGGGUCCUUCGGAGACGAACUCCCGAAACAGAUUCCUGGGCUUGGAAGUUAUGGUGCCUGUGGACCAUCUGUCUGUAUUCCCUGCCGCUCGUCGGUAACGGUUUCGUGUCGUUCACGGCGCAUGUCUAA